AUGUAUGCUUUUCACCAAGAACAGCAUCUUUAUGCCUUGCAAAUGGCACAAGAAGCAAUGCUAAAAUCUACUCGCGAAAAAAGUUGGGUAAUGACCUCUAAUGAGGCCGGAUUCGUCAAACUUCCUAAUGAACGAAUCCUCUAUGCCUCACCUCCUCGAACGAGUUUACAAAUUUCUACGACGGCUACUUCUGCAGGCGCGGUGCCAUAUUCAGCUAAAAGCGAUUCUGGAAUCGUAUAUAUUAGCAACCAAAGAGUAGUCUAUCUUCCAAGUUCACCUACUCCCGAGCUUCAAUCGUUUUCUUCACCUAUUCUCAACCUACAAGAUAGCUACGUUCGUGCGCCGUUUUUCGGCGCCAAUUACUGGACUGCCCUCUGCAAGCCAGUUCCGGGAGGUGGAAUUCCCCCGGAUUGUCCUUCGGUCGAGCUCAAGAUGACAUUCAGAGAAGGCGGGGCAUUCGAUUUUCAUUCUUGCCUAGAACAAAUAAAAGAGCGUCUAUACCAAGCUCAUAGUGUCGCACGGGAACAUGGAGGAAGGGGAACCAGCGGUGUUGAUUUGGCGAACAUGGAUUUAGAACAAUUGCCUGCUUACGAACCUGCGAGGGAGGUUACAGAUGAAGCACCCAUCGUUACUCAAGAUAGCGGGGUAACAAGUAUAACUACGAGUUUACCACGGGCCGAAACCUUCACCGCGCCAGCUGAGCCCCCUCCAGAUUAUGAAGAAGCACAAGCACAAGCCGUCUCGGUGGACCUGGAUCAGCGAUUACGGGAGCAGGCUGAGAGGCAAUGA